AUGAUCUCUCCAAGUGAUAGUACUUUUUUUCAAUGGACUACUCAAGUUCCUAUAUCUUUUACCGAAUGGAAAUAUAUUCUAUCGAAAUUAAAAACCAACGAAAAUUCAAAACUAUCAUCACCUGAUCCUCAUUGUCGAACCACACCACAAAUAAAUAAACAAGAACGACAAUCAUUACCACGAAAUCAAGUUUUUGGUGGCACAAUUGUUGAUUCUUUUCUUGCUUCAUCAUCAACUAUAGCUCAAUCAUCAAUCGAUAUUUCACGACCAGAUGUACCAAAGCUACUUGCAUCACCAACAAAACGUUAUGUUUCUUCAUUUAAAACACUCAUUAGUUCCACAAAUAGCAAACAAACACAACGAUUAAGUCAUUUCAAUGAUAAUGUUAUGAUUCUUAAAUUAGCUAAAGAACAUACAAAUAAUGGUUCUAUUACUGGUACACCAUUAUCAAGUAAACAUUCAACUUUAUCAAUGGCAACAACAGCAACAAUUAUGUCUACUAAAUCACAGCAUAAUUUUUCUCCAUCAAAGUUAAGUCCAAUAUUAAAAGUAGAAGGACAAAAACGUCGUAUUGCAAAUCAUGAUUCUUCAGUAAUUGUUUCAUCCACGUCUGACAUACCCGCUGAUUCCAGUCCAACAAAUCAAAUGGCGAUGAGUACAAGUGGUCAUCCUCAAACGAAUUCAUCUGUAUUCAGUUAUCGAAGUGCAGCAGCAGGUGGAAAUACUAUUCGACAAAGAACAAUAGCUGAAACAACAUCAAAUAGUUUAUUACUAACAACUGAUAGACUUAAAUCAAAUAUGUCUUCAUCAAUACGACCAACACGACAAUUACUGCCAACAACAACAACAUUAUCAUCUACAUAUAUAUCAUCUCAACAAAUGCAACGAAAUAAUAAUCAAAAUAUAAAAUCACGCAUACAUCAAGAGAAAUUACUGAAUUCUAGAGGUAGUCUUCAAAGCAAAUUUUUUAAAAAUAAUUUUAUUAAUUUGUUCUUAGAAAUUUAUGAAUAUCCUGAUCCAUUUACUAAUUGUCCUCAAGAUGUAUUAAAUAAAUUAUCACAACUUACUAAACUUCAAUUAGAAACAAUUGAAUGGGAAAAGAAAAAACGAUUUACAAAGAAAAAACCAAUAACAACAAAUUGUGCUGUUCAAGGAAAAGAUAGUCCAUAA